AUGUCCAAAAAAAAGGAUAAUAUCUGUGAAAAGCUUGAUACAAAAGCUGUAGCACUACAUAAGAUUCAUAAAGAAGAUUUCUUUUCAGAAUAUUUUGAAUUUUCUUAUUUUGAUCAACUUUGUAAAGGAAUCUAUUAUAAACUAAGUUUCAGACGUAUAGAAGUCAAAGAUCAUUGCAAUAAACUAGUACGUCAUAUAGAUGAGUUAAAUCAAGCGUAUUAUUCCGAACGUAAUAAUUACUGUAAUUACAUACGUUAUUGUUUAUAUGAAAAAAUAAGAGAAAUUCAUACUAACAAAUCUGCAAAGAUUGCUGAUGUACAUGUGAUGAUUUCUGUUUCCAUAAUUUUGGUGAGAUAUAUUAGUUUUGCUUUUAAAAUAUUGUAUUUAUUGAUUUUCUCUUUCCUUGAUGUUUUGUCUCUUCCCUUUUUGAGCAUUUAUGCAUGA